GAGAAAAAGCGAAUUUCCCGAUUCCAUUGGCAGUUGGCAAUGGCAAAACCGAAACAGAACUCGCAUAAACGCGUACACUAGAGAAGAACAGAGAAACAGAAGUGAAGAAGAAGAAAAAAUGGGUUUUGUUUGGUUUCAGAUCUGAGUAAUUAGUCAGUUCUCAAUCUAACAACAGCUACUAAGAUCCAGAUCCAGGAACCACUCUACUCUUCCUCCCUUUCAAUUUUCAAUAUGGUUCUCGAGAAGAUGGAGAAGUUUUUAGAUAAUAUUCAGCCUAUGGAUCUGAUGCGCUCUGAGAAGAUGUCCUUUGUUCAGCUCAUUAUUCCCGCGGAGUCUGCUCAUCGUGCCAUUUCCUAUCUCGGCGAAGUCGGUCUUCUCCAAUUCCGCGAUUUAAAUGCUGAUAAAAGCCCUUUUCAGAGGACAUUUGUUAAUCAGGUAAAGCGAUGUGGAGAGAUGUCGAGGAAACUACGUUUUUUCAAAGAUCAAAUUAAUAAAGCUGGUUUACUGUCUUCUGCACAUCCUGUCAUAGAACCAGAUGUUGAGCUGGAGGAAUUAGAGGUACAACUUGCUGAACAUGAACAUGAGCUAAUUGAGAUGAACUCAAACAGUGAGAAACUUCAGAAAUCAUACAAUGAGCUCUUAGAGUUCAAAAUGGUGUUGCAAAAGGCAGUCGGCUUUCUUGUAUCAACUAAUAAUCAUGCAGUUGCAGAGGAAACAGAAUUACAUGAAAAUGUAUACUCAAAUGAUCAUUAUGGUGACACAGCCUCUUUACUUGAACAGGAAUUGAGGUCUGUACCACCAAACCAAUCUGGUUUGAGAUUUAUCAGUGGCAUUAUACCUAGAUCCAAAGUUUUGAGAUUUGAGAGAAUGCUAUUUCGGGCUACAAGGGGCAACAUGCUUUUCAAUCAGGCACCGGCAGAUGAAGAGAUUAUGGAUCCCGUGUCAACUGAAAUGGUUGAGAAAACAGUAUUCGUAGUAUUUUUCUCAGGUGAACAGGCAAGAACAAAAAUUUUAAAAAUUUGUGAAGCAUUUGGUGCAAAUUGCUAUCCUGUUUCCGAGGAUAUAACUAAACAGAGGCAAAUAACUAGAGAAGUUUUGUCACGUCUUUCUGAAUUGGAAGCAACCUUGGAUGCUGGAAUUCGUCACCGAAAUAAAGCCCUCUCUUCCAUUGGGUACCAACUAACAAGAUGGAUGAACAGGGUAAAGAGAGAAAAAGCUGUAUAUGAUACAUUGAAUAUGCUGAAUUUUGAUGUUACAAAAAAAUGUCUUGUUGGAGAGGGCUGGUGUCCUUCCUUCGCGAAAGCUCAGAUUCAGGAGACACUGCAACGUGCAACGUUUGAUAGCAAUUCACAAGUGGGCAUAAUUUUUCAUGUGAUGGAUGCUUUGGAAUCACCUCCUACAUAUUUCAGAACAAAUCAUUUCACAAAUGCAUUUCAGGAAAUUGUUGAUGCAUAUGGUGUUGCUAGAUAUGAAGAAGCAAAUCCUGCAGUUUACACAGUUAUUACCUUCCCGUUUCUUUUUGCGGUAAUGUUUGGGGAUUGGGGCCAUGGAAUAUGCUUGCUAAUGGGAGCAUUAAUCCUUAUAGCUCGGGAAAGCAAGCUCAGUUCUCAGAAACUUGGAAGCUUUAUGGAGAUGCUUUUUGGUGGGCGCUAUGUACUCCUCCUAAUGUCACUUUUUUCAAUUUACUGUGGGCUAAUAUACAACGAAUUUUUUUCCGUUCCUUUUCACAUAUUUGGUGGAUCUGCUUACAAAUGCCGAGACACCACUUGCGGUGAUGCACACACAGCUGGUUUAGUGAAGUACCAAGAUCCAUACCCAUUUGGUGUGGAUCCCAGUUGGCGUGGAAGUCGUUCAGAACUGCCAUUUUUGAACUCCCUCAAGAUGAAGAUGUCUAUAUUGUUGGGUGUAGCCCAGAUGAACCUAGGAAUCAUAUUAAGUUAUUUCAAUGCACGCUUUUUUGCCAGCUCACUAGAUAUAAGGUAUCAGUUUGUGCCACAGAUAAUCUUCUUGAACAGCCUUUUUGGGUACCUUUCGCUCCUCGUUAUCAUCAAGUGGUGCUCUGGUUCUCAGGCAGACCUUUAUCAUGUGAUGAUUUACAUGUUUUUGAGUCCCACUGAUGACCUUGGUGAGAAUCAAUUGUUUUGGGGCCAGAGACCAUUGCAGAUCCUGUUGUUGCUUUUGGCUUUAAUUGCGGUUCCAUGGAUGCUUUUCCCUAAACCUUUUAUUUUGAAGAAACUUCAUACUGAGAGAUUUCAAGGUCGCACUUAUGGGAUUCUUGGCACCUCUGAGAUGGAGCUUGAUAUGGAACCUGGUUCUGCACGAUCACAUCAUGAAGAUUUUAAUUUCAGUGAGGUGUUUGUGCACCAAAUGAUACACUCCAUAGAGUUUGUUCUAGGUGCAGUCUCAAAUACAGCAUCAUACCUUCGGCUUUGGGCUUUGAGUCUGGCACAUUCCGAGUUGUCUACUGUUUUCUAUGAGAAAGUCCUCCUCCUUGCUUGGGGAUAUCAAAAUAUCUUUAUCCGGCUAAUAGGGCUUGCAGUUUUUGCCUUUGCCACUGCCUUCAUACUACUCAUGAUGGAGACACUUAGUGCAUUCCUACAUGCAUUGCGUCUUCACUGGGUGGAAUUCCAAAAUAAGUUCUACCAUGGUGAUGGCUACAAGUUCAAACCUUUCUCAUUUGCAUCAAUAACUGAGGAUGAUGAUUAAUCAACUUACACACCAUUCUGUUUUUGGAUGAGAAGAUGAUGGUGUGAAGAGAGGCAAGGGAUAUUUUUGGCCAACAAUAGAAACUAUCAAAAUGAAACUAAUAGAAGUUCAUUCCAGGCAGUAGAGGAUUAGCGGCUUUUUGCUCCAACAUUAAGCCGCAAGAGUUAACUUAGAUCCGUGAAAUGCUGACUCAUAUUUUUUGGGUUUGGUGGUAUAUAUAAGGGCUUUGCUUACAACCACAGCAAGCCAAUAGAUGUUGUAUUUCUUCCUUUUUUAUUCAUUCAAAAAGAGAUGGAAGGGCCUUUUUCUUUUUCUUUCUCCAUAGAGGGAUGGGGGCUGGAGGAAAUCAUUUGUAAAGGGGACUGGUGCUGGAGAACCAUAUUACACUAUGUAACCUUUUUCUGGAUAAAAGUGAUCUGGGAGUUAGAUUUAUGAAACUGUACACACUCACACUUUCAAAUUUAUAGUGUGGAUUUUGCAGCAAA